GAGCGACCAAACUUACUUUCUGCAGAAGAGGAAAGCAACUGAAGAACUGACCGAUAUUAUCAGCAUCACUGUGGAGUGAUAUAACAAUUACCAUAUUAACUAUCUCAAAAUUGAAUAGGAUAAACUUACAUCCCAGUAAAUUGGCAAUGCUAUUCUUACUACGCGUAUUUUAACCCUUAGCCGGACUCGGUACGCUGCUGUGGAAGGAUAGAAAUGUGCUUAAAUAAUUAUGUUCGCAGACUUCUUCCCUAACGAUAGGCUGUCAUCACUCAGUCAAAUGAAUCAGUAGCAUGAUCACGAUCAUGAAUUUUCAGAAAAUGGAAUAGAGGGUCAUAAAGGAUAGUGACAUGAGACUUUUUGCAGACUUUCUUAUUUUGGAAAUAAGAACGAUUUGGAAGUUGGAUCCUUUCUUUACUGAACAACAAGACCUAAGCUCGCUUCUUUGUGGCCGGAGACGCUUCAGGAAAUUCGCUCAGAAAGAAAAUCAACGCAAUCAGAGCUGCUUAGACUCCUGAGAAACGCCAGACAGCAAUGAAUCACUCAAUGAAAACUAUAUAUCUUGUGGUGAUAGUGUCCAUCAUGGUGAACGGACGACAGAGUUUGGCUUGGGAAGGAACAGACGGAACGAACGAAGCUGCGGACGACGUGAAGGAAGUGGCUGGCAGCAGGAGCGAGGAGAGCCUCUUGGACAAAAGGCCCGCAGGCACAGGAAGCUCUCAGCAGCAAGAACCGAUGACGAAGAAUCAGAUUUCAAUUCCUGUCGGAGAUGGGUCGAUGGUAGGAAUGGCGGGGACAGUUCUGGUGUCAGCCUUCUUCGGUCUUGCGCUAUGGCUCGGUCUCAUUUCGCACUUAGGAACACAGAAGGCAUUCAGAAUGAGAAGGCGGAACAGCAUGGUCGGUGGUUUGGCCAACUCUGUUGAAAGAGGCGUUAGACAACAAACUCAAGAACUCGAAGUUGUCAAACAAGGGAGUUACCUCCACAUAGGAAAACAGCCAGAUUUGCAACAACGAGUCCAGGUUUUCCAGAGUCAACCGCAAGGCCAACAGGGCGAGUUAGGUAUGUCUCCUUCGAAGACAAGUCAUCUGAAAGUUCCCACCAAAACUAUGAAAGGAAUUGCAUCCUUUCUUGUGCCAGAGGACUCCCCUCGUCAGCACCACCCUCAUCAAGAGGGUUCUGCUGCUUUUGGUCAAACAAUAGAAAAAUCUCAUUCGAGUAAAAGUAUUCAUUUUAAGGAUGAAAAUGUCCGUAAAGAUUCAGUCAGUGUUCCUGCAACUAACUCUUGGAAACAAUAUUCCAGCAAUCAUCACACUCUUCAUUUGUCCGUGCCUCCUGAAAUUGACUAUAACUCUUACCAAACUAGGCCUUUUUCCCUGCCCGGUAGCUUUGUUAACCCAGACAGGAAAGGAUAUCAAAAUGAUGAUGUCACUUAUUAUUUCGAAGUUCCUAGUUUGACUCCACGUCUACCUAAUAGACCUAAACCCAUUGUGGCUCAAGAAAAAGACGUAACCUACUAUUACGAAACUAUUCCAAUUUUGAUUACAAACCCUGUAAUACCUUCUAAAGACAACAUGAUGAAUUCCUUUGAAAAAAAUCAAGGACUACGUAACACCGGAGCAAGAAGACCCAUUGCUCAUUCUGCCAAAGGUGAGAGUGUCUUGGGGAGCCUCAUCGCAUCUCCGAAUCUACAACUAACUAACCGACAGCAAUAUACCUCUGAAGACACAAAGGGCACUUAUAGCUACCCUCCAAGUGGCUUACUAAAUCCAAAACCAAAUAAAUGGAGGAGUAGUACGAAGUCCUAUCUCUCAGAUAUCCCCCCAUAUACUUGGAACUGGAGAAGGGUAAGCGAGGGCUAUCAGCAUAGUUCCACAAAGGACCCAAAAUAUCCCGAAAGGGAGACAAGGAAGAAACCUGAAUUAAAUGGAUCAUCUAGUAAAUUUUUCCCACCUAUGAUAUUGCCUAAAAACACUUCCAAGGAAAUAUCAACGCAGUCAGUGACAGUGACAUAUCCAACAACAACAACAACAAUAAAAGCAACAACAUCAACAGCAAUGCAAACAACAAUGGCGAAAGAAACAUUUCCACAGCAGGAUGAUGAAUCCAGUAGCUCCUCAAGGCCAGCUGGGACCUCUGAUUAUGAUGACAUCAUAGCUGUUAAACUGAGCAAUGGCGUCCCUGUUAACUGGAUGCCAGACACUCAACUGGCAGGAGAAGAUGAUGAAAAUCAAGAUUAUGCAAAAGAGAAGAAAACCAAGAAAUAAUUUUGAAUAAUCGGACGUUCACUGUCACCGUUCAGUACAAAAACAUUUGUCGUUUUUAUUGCUCAAUAAUAGAUUAAGACAACCUUAGUGUACAGAAAAACUGAGAUUCCACUAACAGUAAACAUUGCAAGAGAUACAUGAACAGGAAUAAAAACAAUCAGUCACAAAUAUUCCAAUGCAACGCUUUCUUUUUGCUUUUGGGAGCAGGUACUGCGGUAAAUCCUUGCGGAUAUUUCAAUGUUGUUGCAAUACAAUAUAAUUGGAAGAAAACUCUCUUCAGCUAUAAAUAGUGUGGUCACAAUUUUGCAUGGAAUUUUCCUUUCCAGACACGCUUACAUAUCCAAUUUUUCUGUAGCUUCUUGUUCUGGUGUAGUUCAAUCCAUUCGAGAUGAUUGCUAUUUUCAACUGUUCAGUUGCAUCGAGAUUUUGCAAGAAAUCUGUGGCUGCAAUAUUAACUUAAAAUGGGAAUACCGAUAUGGUUCAUAUCAAUAUGAUGUUUUUAUUCAAACCGACUUAAUUAUGUUCCCUGGAGGAACAAAAUAUUGUCGAGGACCACAGACUUGAAGGUGAAGUAAAUGUAAGUCAAUGAACAGUAUUUGUUAUCUAAGGCUAAACCACAUUUAACGCUUGACUAUGCAUGAUGCAGAAUAUUUUCUUGUAUUUAAACCACACUGACGAAAUAUUGGUACCCAGGUUUUGAAAUAGAAACCUAUGGAAGAUAGAAUGUCACAACGGGCAUU